AUGACAAAUGCACUGGCUGGUGUCUUGUGCAGAUUCUGGAUGGAAAAGUUAGCCUUCAUGUGUGAUGUGUGGUGGUCCGAUGGCGAUUACCAGCAACCCGUUCAUCACUAUAGAAUGAAGGUAUACUUGUUUGGGGCCGCCUCAUCACCAGUGUGCGCGAAUUAUGGGCUAAAGAAAACUGCAACUGCCCACAAAGACAAGUAUGUAGAAGCUGCAACAAACUUCGUACACAGUGACUUCUAUAUUGUCCAUGGUUUGCUCUCUGUUCCCAAAUCAGCAGAGGCAGUCGACUUGGUCAUACAGACUAGAGUGCUCUGCAAGGAAGGAAAACUGCACCUGCACAAUAUUGUUUCCAACUCAAGAAAAGUAAUGCAGGCAGUGCCUAUGGAAGAUCGAGCCAAGAGUGUGAAAGAACUCAAUCUACUGCAUGAUGAGCUGCCGAUUGAACGAGCCCUUGGGCCGCACAGGUGCAUAUAA